AUGCCAGGCCUCACGAUACAAACGGAUUCCAUCUCUCCCCGCACAUCGAACGCUCCCGCGCCCGCGCCAUCUACGUCUGCGGCACCCCCUGGCGCCGCGGCUGCUGGUUCAGCAGCUCCCUCGUCCUCCUCCGCUGCCGGCGCGUCACACCCCCCAGCGCAGACCCCUCCGCGCUCCUCCCGCUCAGCAUCCCCCGCCCGGCCCCCCAUCAGCCCCAUCACCCCGACUCUGUCCCCCGCUCGGCUCCCGGAACCCCCCGCUCCCUUCGCCGCCGGCCGUCCAGUCCUCACUCACUCCACGCAGCCGCCCGCCGCCGCCGCCUCGGCCAUCCCUCCUCCGCGACCGGAGCCCAUCGACUUCGACUCCAACCCCGACGUCCUCGCUCUCAAGUCGGCCAUCUCCAUUCUCCAAAUGCAGCAGAAAAAGGCCACCGCCGACAUCCAAGCCCUCAGCCAGGCCAAGAACGCCGCCGUCGACGACCCGAGCGCGUUCCUCGCCGAUCUCGGCACGGGCAAGGUGCACACGCAGGGCGACAAGCUCUUUCUCGACGAGGACUCGGACUCAGAUGACGAGAUGGAAGGCAACGAGGGCAAGAGUGCGUCGGGAGUGAAAGAAGAGAGCGCAGCUGGACAGGGCAAGGCACCGGAACCGCGGCCAUGGGAGUCCCUGCCGAAGCCUCAGAAUGUGCUUCGCUGCCCGCCCAUCAACUGGUCUCAGUACGCGGUCGUCGGGGACUCUCUGGACAAGUUACACGCGGAUCAAAUAUCGAGGCCGAGCCAGGGUACUCCGGCGACGUUAGGCCCAAGCGGAACGUAUGAGUUUACGGGUGUCCCUGGGGGAAACCAGAAACCGUUCAUCGGCGUCGCAGCCCCCUAUAACCCUGGCAGGGACAGGAUCGACAAGAAAUCAAAAGGUGGAAAGCGGUGA